GCACCAGCGUUCUUGGAAGACGACGACGAUAAGCAUGAGCGCCGCGGCCAAAGAGAAGGGUGCCAGUGAGUACCAUGCGCAGAAGAAGAUGAUUGAGCGCCUCCUCUCGAGCGCCAACGAUGGCGACCUCGCCGAGCUCGAGGUGGCUGUCAACGGCAUCGUUGCGACGACGGGCCAGUCGCUCUCGAAAGGCGACAUCUUGAGCGACUUCAAGGACGCGCACAAGCGGUCGGCGAUCCACUUUGCCGCGCUCAAGGGCCGCCGCAAGGUGCUGGCGUAUAUCCUCGAGAACUCGCCGUCGAGCUUGAACCUCCCGGACGAAGAUGGCCGGACGCCGCUCUUGUAUGCGAUCAAGGCCAACGAGUUUGCGACCGCCAAGAGCCUCCUCGUCGACUACAAGGCCGAUGCGACGCUUGUCGCCAACAACGGGACGUCGUGCCUGCACGAGGCCGCGGCCAACGGCUCGGUGCGCGCGAUCAAGCUCCUUGCCGAGCACGGCGCGCAGCUGGAAGCGUCGACGCCCAACGGUACGCCGCUGCACAUGGCGGUGAGCGAAGACCAGGAAAAGGCUGUCGAGAGUCUCUUGUCGCUUCACGCCAACGUGAACGCGCGCAACCAGCAUGGCAUCACGCCCUUGCUGCUGGCGACGCUCAUGCACAAGCCGGCGGUUGCUGCGCUUUUGUUGCGUGCGGGUGCCGACAUGACGGUCAACAUCAUGCCGGGGAUCACGGCCGUUCACGUCGCGGCGGAAACGGGCUUUACGAGCAUCAUUGAGGCCAUGCUCGCCGAGCGGGCUGUGGAUACGCAGACGAUCGCCAAUCAGCGCUCCGACGCCGGCUUGACGCCGCUGGAGCUCGCAGCGGGGAUGGGCCAUGCCGCCGUGGUGCGCCUCUUGCAGCCGUUCACGGCCGGCUUUGAAUCGGCAGACGUGGACGCGGUCCUUGCCAAGGAGCAGGCGCGGGUCGUUGCCAGCGAAGCGCAGACGCCGGUCGUGGUUGCACCGACGACGGCGACCGACGCCGAGGUGCCGGCAACCACCGCCGCUGCCGACGACGAGGCGGUUGUCUUGCCGCCGAUGGUAGCUGUGGACGACGCGACCGUCGCCAAGGCCAACGUGAUCAAGGACCAAGGCAACGCACUCUUUGUGAAGAAGCAGUACCCCGAGUCGAUCGCUCUCUACACGCAGGCGCUGGCGCUCAACCCGUGCGACGCUUUGCUCUACAGCAACCGGUGCGCGGCGCACUUGGCGGCCGGCGAUGCCAAGCAGGCGCUCCGGGAUGUGCGCAUCUCGCUCCAGCUCAAGCCCAACUGGGCCAAGGCGCUCUUCCGCGAAGGUCAGUGCUUGGAGGCGCUGAAGCGCUACGAAGACGCAGCCAUGUCCAUGUGGUCGGCCAUGCAGCUGGCGCCCGAAGACAAGCUCAUCAAGAAGCGCUUCCAGGCGUGCGUCCAGCGCGGCCGUGACGAGCACCAAGCGUCGCUGAAGAAGUAAAUGCUGCAACCUAGACAACAACAGU